AUGCGUCCUUUAACCGAAGAUGAGAGCAAGCUCGUCUUCACGAAACUGGCCAACUAUAUAGGCAAAAAUUUGGUUCACCUCAUCGACAGGGAGGAUGAAGUGUACUGCUUUAGGCUUCAUAAAGAUAGAGUAUACUACGUAUCCGAAAAAGCAAUGCGUCUAGCUGCAUCUGUAGCUCGUCCAAAUCUCGUUUCCCUGGGUACUUGCUUCGGCAAAUUUUCGAAAAGUGGCAAGUUCAAGCUACAUAUCACAUCCCUUGAUUACCUAGCACAAUAUGCUAAAUAUAAGGUAUUUGUUCCUUUUGAUGAGGCACAUCUGGGAAGAAUUACAGAGGAUACUCCCGAACAUCAGGGUGUUGUAGUGUUCAGCAUGAACGAUACACCCCUGGGAUUUGGGGUCACUGCAAGAUCAACAUUAGAUACAAGAAAAUUAGAUCCAACUGCAAUCAUUGUGUUCCAUCAGGCGUAG